UUUUGAGUGCGCCAGGCCUCUCUCCUCAUUUUACUCAACCUCUCCACUCUACAUUGUCUAUUUCUCUAUAUAAACCCUCAUAUCUAACAACUCUAGUGGGGAGUUUUAGCAGAAGAAAGACAAACUCUCUGUAACACUCUUGAACUCUAUCAGUCAUGAAAGUAUAUCUGAGAUCUCUUGUAGCUCUCACUCUCUACACCCUCUUGACUUCCCACAUUUCAGUUUUGGUCUCUGCCACCACAAUUACACUCUACAACAAAUGCCCUCAUCCGGUUUGGCCUGGCAUUCAGCCCAGCGCUGGUAAGCCCUUGUUGGCUCGUGGUGGCUUCAAGCUCCCACCCAACAAGGCUUACUCUCUACGCCUUCCAGCCCUUUGGUCUGGCCGCUUCUGGGGCCGCCAUGGCUGUGCUUUUGACGCAUCUGGAAGAGGAAAGUGCGCUACAGGGGAUUGUGGUGGUGCUCUCUUCUGUAAUGGCAUUGGAGGUACUCCACCAGCCACUCUUGCUGAGAUUACACUUGGAAAUGACCAAGAUUUCUAUGAUGUGAGCCUUGUUGAUGGCUACAAUCUUGCUAUUUCGAUUACUCCAUCUAAAGGCUCAGGGAAAUGUAGCUAUGCUGGCUGUGUUAGUGACCUUAACAUGAUGUGUCCCGUGGGUUUACAAGUUAGAUCUCAUGAUAAUAGGAGAGUGGUGGCCUGCAAAAGUGCUUGCUUUGCAUUCAAUUCUCCAAGGUAUUGCUGCACAGGCAGCUUUGGGAAUCCACAAUCCUGCAAGCCAACUGCUUAUUCAAAGAUCUUCAAGACUGCUUGUCCUAAGGCAUACUCUUAUGCUUAUGAUGAUCCCACUAGCAUUGCAACUUGCACAGGUGGCAACUAUUUGGUUACUUUUUGCCCUCAUCACGGUUAGCAAAAAAUAGGGAAAAAAAGUCUCUCUAGAAUAUGAUGCUUUUGAAUAGGAGUUUUGUUUAUGGGGUCUGUAGUGGCUUUUACUAAUGGACUUAUUAUAUUGAUGCCAUUUCUCUCUUUCUCUCUCUCUUUCUUUAUGAUGCUAGAGAAUUAAUUGGUUUUUGGCCGUUGGGGGGCCUUGUAUUAACGGGUAGUUUUGGUUCUUUUGAUAA